AUGAAUAAAAUAAAAAAAAAAAAAAAACACACAUGCAUGAGAGAAGAAAAUAAUUCAUCAGAAGAUGAAGUUAGGAAAUUUAAUAAUAAUUUUGAUAAAAAUGUUAGAAGAAAUAUUUUUAAUUUACCUAAAAUAAAAGGAAAUGGGAUUGUGGUCUAUGAUGAAAAUGAUGAUAAUUAUAAUGAAAAUGAAGAAAAAAUAAGACAAAAAAAAAAAAGUAGAAAAGAAGAAAAAAGAGAACAAAAAUUAAAAAGCAUGUUAUACGAUGUGAAUAAAAAAAAAAAAAAAAUAAUUAAAAAUUCAAUUGAUGAUGAAAUGAUUAAAAUAUCAAAUAAAAUGAAUCAUUAUAAAGAUAUUAAAAAUAUUAUUGCUGAUAUAUGUAACAAUGUUAUGGGUGAUCAAACAAUGUAUAUAGAUAAAUUUGAAUUACUUUUUUAUAUUUUACAAGAAGCAAUAAAACGAAAAAAAAAAAUAAUUAGCAAUGAAUCACCAAAUGCUAUCUCAAAUAAUUAUUCUGAUCAUUCCAAAGGUGAAUAUAAAACAAAAUAUAAAUAUUUUGAAGAUAUUAGUAAUGUAGCUUCUAUUUCUAUAUGUACCGUUUUAAAAUGCAUAACUCCAUCAUAUAAAAUUAUAAAUAUGAAUAAUAAUAAUUUAAGCAAAGGCAAACAAAACAAUUCAUCUAAAAAUUUUUCAAAAAUAAUAGAAAAUGUAAAUGUUAUAGAAGAAAAAAUAGUAAAAUAUUUUAAAAAAUUUUGCAAUAUAUUAAAAGACAAAAUUAAACAUAAUACUAUUGUUUAUGUAAAUUUACUAUGUGAAAUUAUAACAGUUAAUUUGCAUUUGUCAAAAAGUGAAAAUUUAUAUGAUUUAUUAAUUAUAUAUUCCAAUUCGCACAUAUAUAAUAAUAUAAAAUAUAACAAAUCAAAGGAAAAUGGUCAAAUUAUAAAAAAAAAAAAUAAUAAUUCCGAAAUGAAUAUAAAGAUACUGUGUAUGAAAUGCUUGAAUACUAUUAAAGAGAUAAUUGAUAAUGAUUCUAAUUUAUCCAUUACAGUUUAUUUAAUAGAUUAUUUUGUUAAUAAUUUGUUUAAAAGUAAUUGUAAAAUUAGUUCUGACUUGUUAAGAAUAUUUUCAAAAAUUAAAAUUUCAGAAAAAAAAAUUAAUGCGAAAUUAUACAGCCAAGAUAUGAUAAAUAAUAUUUCACUCUUAGACAAAGAUAAUAAUAAUGAAGAAAUAAAUGCAAAAACAAACAUAUGUGGUGAAUUAAAAAUAAUAGAAAAAAAUACAGAAAAAAUACUGGAAAAUCUUUUUUUUGUUUAUUUGUGUGUAUUAAGAGAGCAUAAUAAAUAUUCUAUAACUUUUGUAAAAAAUGUAUUAUAUGCUAUUUCAAACUAUGCUCCAUAUAUUAAUAAAUUAUUAAUGGAUGAUGUAUUUCAGGAAAUAAAAUAUUUGGCAAUAGGAAAUGACAAAAAAGCAGUGGAUACAAAUAAUAAAAACAAUGUAGUAUCUUCAAAUUCGUUAAAGUUGGCAUCUAUUCAUAUAUUUCUUGAAAUAUUAAACAAAACAAAUGAUAAUAUAUACAUAGAUUGUUCAUGGAUUGCUCAAUCUCUUAUUGAUUUAUUAGAUUCAGAUUUGUCAUAUUUUUAUGUAGGUUCAGCAUAUUAUCUUUUCGAAAAUACAAAUUUUAUUUAUAAUAGUUUUUUAGACAAUAAUAAAGGGGGUAAUCAUAAUUUAAAAGAUUCAGUUUUUGUGUCAAAUCAAUAUAUAAAUAAUAACAACUAUUUGAUGGACGAUUUUAAUAAUAUAGAAUUUCAAGAAAGCAAGUACAAUUUCCCAUCAGAAUUAUUAUAUUGUAUUCAUUUACUUUUAAUAACAAAAAAUUUUACUACAAAUUAUAAUACAUUUAAAUCGAACAAUAAUAUAUUAUUAGCUAAAAUUGUAUACAAGUUAUAUAAUGUUUCAAUGCAUUCAGAUUAUAUAAUAUCUUUUUGUUUUUUAAAAUUAAUUAAAAAUAUUCUCGAUAAAUACCCUUUAGUUAAAUCAAUUAUUGAAAUGGAUGGCAUUACAAUUUCUAUUAUGGAUGGAAAUUUAUCAGUUUUUUUUCAAAAUAUUUCUUUUCAUUCUUUUUAUUUUACUAAUAUAUCAUCACUAGCUUUUGAUAUAUCAUUAAAUGAUUCAAAUGUUGUUUAUAAAACUGAAUUAAAUGAAUAUAUGAAUAAAAAUAAUAUUAUUGGGGAAAAUAAAAUUAUUAAUUAUAACCUUAGUUUAAGAGAAAAAAUUAUUAUUGAUAAAAAUAAAAUAUUCAAUUAUAAUUCUAGCGAUAUCUUUUGUAAAAAUGAUAAAUAUAUUAAUCAUGAUAUGAACAAAUUUAAACAUACAAAUAAUAUUUCUUAUAAUUCAUCUACAAAUAUGAAUAAAACUUUAUCAGUAAAUUUUGCAAAUCCACACACAUUGAUGGCUAUGGAUUUUGUAGAAAUUGUUUUUUCAUCAUAUUAUGAAUUUAUAAAAAAAUUUCAAAUCAAUUAUUCACUCCAGAUGGACAAAAACAGUAAUACAUAUAGUGUUUCUGACAAUGGACAAAAUGAUAGCAACAUCUCGAAUAAUAAACAUCGAAAAAAGAAUAAAAUAAAAAAAAAAUUAAAAAGAAUAAAAAAAAAAAGAAUAAAAAAAAAAUAA